UGUCAGCCGCCGCGCCUCUCCUUUCCAACCCUUGUCACCUACCCGUGCGCAAAGCCUAUCCUCCACUUCUCCAGCCCUCGUCAUCUCCGCGCGCAGCGUCUCUACUCAACCUCUCCAACCCUUGUCACCUCCGCGCGCAGCGCCUCUUCUCCACCUCUCCAACGCUCUUCACCUCCAUGCGUAGAGCCUCAUAAAGCCCCUCCCUCGAACCCCCGUAGCUGCCGCCUCUGUCAUCAUUCGUAGCACCCCUUUUCUCUCCACCACUCCACCUCUCAUCACCUCAAUUUCAUCCUCUUACAAGCCUCAUGCCGGCGAAAAUCUCUACCCGAACCUCUACAACCUAAGGUUAGACAAAGCUUCGCCACCAAAAAUCUAGUUUGACCGUGUCCAGGGAUGUCGAGAGGUGUCCAAUCGUAUGAGAGGGUGUCAGAUACAGUGCCCCACAGUGUUGAUGGCGUAUCCGUGUCGGACACCGGCACGACACCGGUAUGUCGGCGGUUUUGCGUGUCUGUGCUUCCCAGGAUGAAACAGGUGUUUACAAGAACCUUUUACAGGAAAUUGCACAGAGGGUUGGAGCACCGUUACCUUCAUACACAACCUACAGAUCUGGUCUUGGACACCUGCCAUUUAAUAUGCAGAUCUGUAUUUGAUCAUGUUAUGAUUUAUUGCAUUUCUUUGUUUUUAAUUUUUUUUUUAAAGCAGCUUCGCUUUGCUGGUGAUCUUUUAAUGGAGUUGGGUGCUAGUGUAGAAUUGGCAACUGCAGCUGUGCCUCAUCUUUUCUUACCAUUGGCUUGUGCAGCCAAUAUGGCAAAGAAUGUUGCUGCCGUGACAUCAACAUCAACACACACUCCUAUUUACAAGGCCUAUGCUAGAGGGGAGAACAUUGGUGAUGUCACUGCUAAGGGGGAGUCUGUUGCCAAUAUUGCUGAUCUGUUGGGGACUGGCCUCAGCAUCUUCAUUUCAAAGAGGAAUUCAUCCAUUGUGGCUUCUUUUAUUUUGUUGUCAUUUGGAUAUAUAUUCAGUUCAUACGGGGAGGUAUGUCACCUUCUUUUAUUGAUUUUUGUUUCUUGUCAUUUUUAAAUCUAAAAUGCCUCUAUUCAUUUCUCAUGAAUUCAAGGUUUCAUUAUCAGGUUAAAUCUGUUGUAUUGAAUACUUUAAAUCGUGCAAGAUUCACUGUGGCAGUGGAGUCUUUUCUUAAGACUGCUAAGUUGCCAUUUUUAAAUUGCUUAUGGUGGCAUGCGGAUGAUAUUGCAUAUAAUCUAACACCUUUACGUAAGCUAGCACAGAGGAAACAUAGAAAUUAGAGCUACUUUAUGAUCAUUGGUUGCCUAUCUAUUCUCUAUACAUUUAUAUCAAAUAUAGCAUGUGUUUUCCUAUGCGUAAUGUACACAUCAAUUUUCACUUGAAGAUUAUAGGUCUUGGAUAUAUAAUAUCUUGAUCAUCGUAGACUUACAUCCUAUUUCUCUAAUUCCUUUAUCUUUAUCUUCUAAAGUGGUAUUUGCAAGUUUGUUUUACUAUUUGAUGAGCUCACUUAACUUCAACUGUUAAUGGGAAUUUGAUAGGAUAGUACAUAUGACAAUGAACUAUCCUAUGUGCUUGUUAAGUUUAAAUUUAUUCCUAUGUUUUUCUAUUUCCAGAAACUUGACAUUAUAUGAUGCAAUUAUUUCUACAUUGAAUUACUUUUGUUGCUAAUCAUUCUAUCAUGGGUCAUGUCCAGGGUGUGUUCCCUCAUUGAAAGAAGGAAAUUUAAAUGAAAAUAUAUUCACUCCUCCAUGGUCAAAUAUCGUUCUUGGUCCAAGAUUUGGGGAUGCAUUUCAGGAGCCUGCUUCAUUUCUUGCAAUAGAACGCAUGUUCGAGAAUGAAUGAUACAUUGUUACUUAUAAUCCUGCAAAGGGUAACAUCUAUGCAUUGUUGAAGGAU